AUGGCGCAGGUUCCGAGCAAUGGCACGCAUGCCCGGCCGGCCCGGAAACAGAUCACGAUAGAGGAGCUUAAUGAGAUACGCUCGAAAGCGGAGCGGGCGAGCGGUGCCGGGAUGACCUACAACAUUUGGUUCAACAAAAUGUCCGGUGGAGAGAGCGAAGACGGAGGAUUCAACGGCAAAACUUCUUCGCAGACGCGCUGCAAUCUUGCGUCUGAUGUAGGCUACACGCGCGCAGAUAUACGCGCGCGUCGUGCGGCAGGCGGUGGGAUCAUGUCUGAUGCAGCGUACUGCUGUCUUUUUUUCGCGCGUGGAUGUUGUCCGCAUGGCGCGGAAUGUACGUACCUGCAUCGUCUUCCGCGCGCGAAUGAGAUAAACGAGCAAGGCGUGGAUGUGUUUGGUCGCGAAAAGCACGGGAGUUACCGCGACGAUAUGGGCGGUGUGGGCUCCAUGCUGCGUGUGAACCGGACCUUGUACGUCGGCCGUAUUAAUGAAGAUACCUCACUUUCUUUCCGGCGCACGGGCAAUAAAGAGACCGAUGACCAGGAUGGAGCAAACAGCACGAUGGGAAAGAUUGUGCAUCGGCACUUUAGCGAAUGGGGCGAGAUUGAAAAGGUUCGCGCAAUGGUGGGGCGUGGUAUCGCAUUUGUUACAUAUAAGCACGAGGGCAACGCACAGUUUGCUAAGGAGGCGAUGAUGCACCAGUCGCUGGACCAUAAUGAGGUGCUCAAUGUGCGCUGGUCAACGGAUGAUCCGAAAAACGAUCCAGGUCCGAAAGAGGACGGCGCAUUACGUUCGGAAGGCGAGCAGCAAAUUGCUGCGAUCGAGGCGGCGCGUUUGGAGCAGGCGCAGGACUAUGCGGCGAGCAAGGAUAACCCAAACAUCGAUUGGGAGGAAUACGCGCGUGCGAAGCGCCAACGGCUGCAGCUCUCGGACGAAGAGGCGCAGAGGCUCGAUGAAGAGAACCGCCGCGGCUGGGAAACGCUGCGUGCAAAAGAAGCGGAAAAGAAACGCAAGGAGCAAGCCGCCGAUACCAGGCCUGCCGCGCCGCCUAGUCUGUUGAGUGCAGAGGCGAUACGGUCGCUGGCCUCGUUGCGUGGCCAGCAGAAGGCCCAGCGGCAGGUUCUCGCGGGAAUUGCUGCGUACACAAGCGAUAGCGACGAGGAAUAG